AGGUGGCAUAAGCUACCGCCCGAUCCAAAGGGCUCAGCCGCAUUCAUCCAUACAUCCAUCCUUUGCUAGGACAGUAGGUCGUUGCCGCAUGGAUGGAUGGAUGGAUGGAUGAAUACGGCUGAGCCCUUUGGAUCGGGCGCACCGCCGCGCCACCAGCGCCGCCAGACGGCUCUGCAGCCGGUGCCUACAUCCAGUUACUACCAGCUACAUCGGUCGACAUGUGCUCAUCGACCGGGUCAGUGGUAAUGUGGACCUGUGCAAACAAUUAAACUUUUUUCUUGGCAGCGAAACUUUAAAAGAUCCAAUAAUGGUGCUGUGGCGGUUACGUCGGGCGGUUGGUACAGGACGGCUGCUCCAACGCCGAGUGAUCAACGGCGAAGAGCGGACGACCCAGGCCUCAGCCGCCGGGUUUGCGUCAUCGACAAAGACGGAGCAUAAAGAGGUUGAAGACAUGCGCAACAUUGGGAUCUCUGCACACAUUGACUCCGGCAAGACGACCCUGACUGAGCGACUGCUCUUUUAUACCGGGAGGAUCGAUCAGAUGCAUGAGGUGAAGGGCAAAGACCUGGUGGGGGCAGUGAUGGACUCGAUGGAGCUGGAGCGGCAGCGAGGCAUCACAAUCCAGUCGGCAGCCACCCAGGUGUCGUGGGGCCGCACGGCCAUCAACAUCAUCGACACGCCCGGCCACGUGGACUUCACCGUGGAGGUGGAGCGCGCUCUACGCGUGCUGGACGGGGCGGUGCUCGUGCUGUGCGCCGUGGGAGGGGUGCAGUCGCAGACCCUCACUGUGUGCCGCCAGAUGAAGCGCUACUCCGUGCCUUGCAUCGCCUUCAUCAACAAGCUCGACAGGACCGGUUCCAACCCGCUCAGGGUCCUCUCGCAGCUCAGGUCCAAGCUGCACUACAAUGCGGCGCUGCUGCAGCUUCCCAUUGGGCUGGAAGGGAACCACAAGGGGGUCGUCGACCUCAUCCACCGCAGGGCGGUCUACUUCCUGGGCGAGCACGGGGAGGAGGUGAAGUUGGACGAGCCUCCAGCCGACAUGAGGACGGAGAUGGAGGAGCGCCGCCACGAGCUCAUUGAGCACGUGUCCAAUGCGGACGAGGCCCUCGGGGAGAUGUACCUGGAGGAGAAGACACCUUCCGAGGAGCAAAUCGUGGCGGGGAUCCGGCGUGCCUGCCUGGAGCGCAAGUUCUUCCCGGUGCUCAUGGGCAGUGCCCUGAAGAACAAGGGGGUCCAACCCCUGCUGGACGCCGUGGUCUCCUUCCUGCCCAACCCCUCGGAGGUCACCAACUACGCCCUGGACGAGCAGAGCAGUGAGAAGGCCAAGAAGAUAGCGAUGAACCCUCGAAGAGAUGACAGCCAUCCCAUGAUCGCCCUCGCCUUCAAGCUGGAGGCGGGCCGCUUUGGGCAGCUGACGUACGUGCGCAUGUACCAGGGCUCCCUGCGCAAGGGGGACACGGUGUGGAACACACGCACGGGGCGCAAGGUGCGGGUGCCGCGCCUCGUCCGCAUGCACGCCAGCCAGAUGGAGGACGUCGGAGAGGCGUACGCGGGCGACAUCUGCGCCCUCUUCGGCGUCGACUGCGCCACGGGAGACACCUUCGUCUCCGAGCAGGGCCUCAAGCUCUCCAUGGAGUCGAUCCACGUCCCAGAGGCGGUGAUCUCCAUGUCCAUCAGCCCCAAGGACAACAAGGACAGCGACAACUUCUCCAAGGCCGUGAGCCGUUUCUGCCGGGAGGACCCCACCUUCCACGUCGAGUACGACCCGGACAACAAGGAGAUGAUAGCGUCGGGGAUGGGGGAGCUGCACUUGGACAUCUAUGCGCAGCGCAUGGCUCGCGAGUACAACUGUCCCGUGGUGCUGGGCAAGCCCAAGGUAGCCUUCCGGGAGUGCCUGACUGCUCCCUGCGAGUUUGACUACCUCCACAAGAAGCAGCACGGCGGUUCCGGCCAGUACGGCCGCGUCAUUGGAUACCUGGAGCCGCUGCCUCCCGAGCAGAACACGGAGGUGCUGUUCCAGGACGACACGGUGGGCACCAACGUGCCCAAGACCUUCGUCCCCGCCAUCGAGAAGGGGUUCCGCGCAAUGUGCGAGAAAGGAUGCCUCACGGGCCACAAGAUUGCCGGCGUCAGAUUUCGUCUCGUCGACGGUGACCACCACAUGGUGGACUCCAACGAGAUUUCCUUCAUCCUGGCUGCUCAAGGAGCAAUCAAACAAGUUUAUGAGUAUGGGAGCUGGCAGUUGCUCGAGCCCAUCAUGAAUGUGGAGAUCACCGCUCCGGACGAAUUCCACGGCUCGGUGCUGACGACAAUAAGCAAGCGACGUGGCAUCGUGGUCUCCAACGAGAGCAGCGAGGGAUGGUUCACCGUCACUGCAGAGGUGCCGCUGAACGACAUGUUUGGCUACUCGACGGAGUUGCGCUCCAUGACCCAGGGCAAGGGGGAGUACAGCAUGGAGUACUCGCGCUACUCCCCAGCUCCACCGGCGCUGCAGCAGCAGCUGCUCGACCAGUACCAGGCGUCGCUCGAGACCCCGGCCGCGGCCAAGAAGAAGCGGGGCUGAAAGGCUGCACGGGCCAAAGGGGCGCGGAGAAAAAACCCUCGUGCAUUUGCCGGUGCAGGGACGCGCUCGACCUCAUCCCUCGAACAAGGCCUGCCAGAGGGCUUUGUUCGGUGCUCGAACCGAUGCCCCAUUUCGCCGAGGUGUCUACAUAGCGAGGACGUUGUUUCCCAACUGAAAUGCGCUGGUGGCUGGCUACUUGUAUAUCGUUUGUAGUUUCUCUAGUCUGAAACACACACCCUGCCUAAGGAAGGUUGGGUUCCGUGUUCUCGGUAAAUACCCACAAACCCCAGAAAUGGACCUCCGAGCCGCUCUUUUCCGUCGGGGGAAACCGAAAAACCCCGAGGUGAAGCUGCGCUUCGAUGAAAAAAACCCAAACUUUGUGGGAAAAGAAACGUCCCAUUUUCUUUUUUGUAUUUACGCAACCGCACUGAACUGGCUUCUACUUUGUUUGGGAACUAGGAUCCUUGUCUCGUUUCCCUCUUUAUUUUUUAAAAUGCAUAUUUUCCAAGUAUUCAGGUAUGUAUUCUGGAGAUUGGGGAACGUCCUCUUUAAUAUUAGGCCCAAUAAACCCAAUUUUUUGUCCGCCGCCAGACAUUGACACCGAAAAACACGGAAUCUCCCAUACCGGAAUCAUCCAAUUAGUAUUGAUCGCGUGACUUUUUCACGAGCCAAUCAGCGUCGGGCUUCGCAGUAAAUUUUUUAGGCUUCACUAAACCUGGCAACCCCCCCCCCCCCAUAAGACAAAGAAUGUUUCGCGUUAAAACACCCCUGAAUUUGAAGAAAAAGAAACCCUGAAAAAACACCCCCUGGUUGGAAGAAAAAUAAACCUCGAAAAUGGGGAACCCUACCUAUAAGGAAUCAUCAGUGUUUGUGGACUCUGCAAGCUUCAAAGGUUGCAUUGUGUAGUAAUAGCAGUUGGACUGAAGGAGAGAUUGUGAAGGUUGUGCUGCGUCCGUCAUCCAUGGCACGCUGAACCACGGCUGGCCACAAAAACCAUCAAAACCAGAUCACUGCAUAUUCUGCAGUGCCACAUGGAAGUAUUCACCACAAAAGUCGGAUUUUAAAGUUUGCUGAAACUGACAAGGCCCUUGUGUCCUGGCUGUUUCUUAGAGGUUAAGGCACUAAAGGUGUUUAUUAAAAUUUAAAACCACACCCGUC